AUGCCGAUAAGUCACGACAAUUGGAAGACCGCUUGGGCACGCGGUAGUAAAUUCGAGGAUAUCAUUUGGAUAGGAAAUGACGUUCUGGCUUGGUGUUCCGGCCUUCACAUCGUGUUCUACCAGAUCGAGCACAAGAAGAAGAGUAUCCUUUGGUGUUGGUCUCACGAUAUCGGGGAGGGAGUUCGAUCCCUUUCCUCGCACACCAAGUAUCCCAUAUUCGCUUUUGCCGAGAAAGCGUCUCAACCAAAAAUCAUGGUGUAUACGUACCCAUCGUUGAUCAAAAUAUCCGAAUGCGCAAACGGGUUCACGAAUCAUUGUCUGGCCACCGGAUUCACCUCCACCGAUUACAUAAUCUCGAUGGGCUCGUAUCCACACUUCAGACUGAGCGUAUGGAAUUGGAGGACAGGCGAGAAGAUCGCCGCUGUGCACACCCAUAUACGAGACGAGAUUGGCCAGAUCAUGAGGAUCAAUCUGAUAGGACCUGUCCUCGUUGCUCAAGUGGGGAAAAGUUGCGGGGAGGCGUACGUUUGGGAUCUGAUCAUCACCAAAGAAGCUACUAUUUUGAAAGAGUACGAGAUAAAACUUCCGAGGGACGAACCGAUUCGUGGACUGGACUGGUCUUCAACGUCCACGGAACCGUUACUGGCGCUCGUUGACAAAGAGGGUCACAUCUAUCUGAGUAAUUACGACGGAAGCGACGUCUAUCGGAUCAUGGUUGGCCACCGUUGCAACAUCUGCAUAGAGAAGGAUCUGCCUAUAAUCAAGUGGUUCCAGGACGGCCUCGUGUUACGAACGCCGUACUGUCAGAUAUCGUUCUACAAAAAGUUCGCGAGAUUGAAUAUAUGGAGAAAACUGUGGUACGUGAAGACGGAGAAGAAACCGUAUAUUCUUAUCACGAAUCCGUAUCGGGAUCGCCGAUUUUUCUAUUACACGUACGAGGGGGAGCUGAUGCAAGUGGAUAUAUUCGAGGAAAACGACAAGCCUGUAGUUUCCAAAUGCUUCGACAACGGAGGAGUGUAUCGUUUCGUCGAUUUCGUGUAUCCGUGGUGCCAUCAUUUGUUCGCUAUUUGCGACGCGAACAAAGAAUACGUCAUACUCGAGUGUUACGAAGGGACUCUCAUCUCGAACAUAAUACCAGACGUGGACGACGAAAUAUUGUGUCAGACCUCCCAUCCGGAAUUUCCGUUGAUCGUUUUGGCGACCAAUCGCGGCGAGUUGCACUGCGUAUCCAUCGUGAAGCCGACCAAUCCUAAGAUCAUCGCUCGAUUGAGGAUCCAACGAACGCCGUUGGAUUUCGUCAAAUUCUCGUUGUCUGGAAGAUCUCUGAUCGCGGCCGAGACAAAAGCAGGCAACUGUUACUACAUAAACAUGCAACGGGUGAAUAUGUACGACGUGCAGACGUUGAUCAGAGUCGGACAUCCGAUCUCCGACGUACUAAUCUUCGAAGGAUACAAGAAGCUGCGUAUCCUCGUUCUAUACACGAUCGUGAGAAACGUGGGGCACAGCUUGUUCCUAUACGAGAUCGUGGAAAAUCAAACGUUGGUCGUCGCGCCGAUCGUGGAAUUGCUUUUGCCUGGAGUGUAUCGGAAUCUCUAUCACGUGCCCGGUAAUCCGAUGUUCCUCAUAGGAACACCUUACAUGACGCGCCAACUUCGAGUGCAGAAGAUACAAGAUUUCAAGAACAUCACGUUCGAGGACGGUUUGAUGACAGGGCAUCUCAUGAAACUGGCCAGUUUGUUCGUGGAUCGAUGGUGGAUCAUGACGAUGGCCAUCGACGGGAUAGUUCACGUAAGGGACAAGACAGUGAGGCGGGAAAUGGCGUGCAUCAAGACCCAUCACAGGGAGGAAUUGGGCACGAAGAAGGCGAUGUCCAACAAACAAGGGGAUCUGAUCAUCGCCCUCGGUUACAACGGCUCGUUGAUCGCGACCAAGUUUUCCCCCGCCAAAAAGCGUAGGAGCUGCAAGGAUUACGUUCCCCGAAGGAGAAACGUACGAGCAAAGUGGAGCACAAGCUGUACGAGAAGAUGAUAAAGAAGAUCGACAUCGAUUACGCGAGCCUCGACCCGUUAAUUUACGAUAUUCUGACGAGUCCGUUGUACGAGUUCCCGGAUUCGGAGAAGGAGGGGGACAAGACGUGGACGGAAUGGAGGUACGAGAUGCAGCUGAAGGAGGAGGAGGAAGAGAGCAGGGAGCAGAAGACGGCCAUAUUGAAUGAUUUCGAGGAGCUUCGGAACAAGGUGAAAAAGUUGUUGGACGAGAACGAGGCGAGCACGGAGAUAGAAAAGCUUCCCAUAGCCGCGUUCGAUCUGGACAUAAAGGGGCGGGAUCACAAGUUGAAGGUUGGCCGCGACAUUUGCGAGAACCUUCGCCUCGAGUUCGAGCACAACAUCAACGAGACGAA